AUGACAUCUACUUCCCCCGAAACUCAAAAUUCAAUUUUUCACGCUGCCCAAAAGGGCAAUGUCGACGAUAUAAUCUAUUUCGUAUCUAAAUCUCAGUCUCCAAAUUCACAAGGAUGUGGUGGUUACACACCUCUCCAUAUAGCUUGUGCAUUCGGGCACAAGGAUGCUGUAAGGACGUUGUUAGUCCAUGGUGGAGAUCCGGAACAGAAAACCGAAGAUGGGAAAACGGCGAGGGAUGUCGCUGAAGGGAAGGGCUUUACGGAAAUUGUGGAGUUGAUUGAGGGUGGAGAAUGGAAAGUCGAGAGGGGUGAAUAUGCGCAGUAUGAUGCCGAUUUUCGCCUUUUGGCACAGACUUGUCUACUAAGAUUUUGA